GGGUGCUAGCCUACUGCGAGGGAGGAGUUCGGAGCGCCCACUGUCUCUGUUCCGUCGUGGAUUCAUGUGGAGAUAAACGCAAGGAAAAGUUUUCUCUGGGCGAUUCAUGUCUUAAAACAGGCGGAGGGAGAGGAAUUGCAGGAAUCGGACCAUGUUCAAGGCAGUCCUGAAGAAGAGCAGGGAAGGAGGGAAGGGGAGCAAGAAGGACUCCGACGGCCGAUGGAUGGACCCACAGCGAGAGGGCCUGGCCUUCAGCGGUCCGUCUGGAAUGCAGAGGACCAGGCUAGGUGGGGAGCUGUAUCAGCAGAGGUGCCUGACCGGAGGGGCCCCACAGCACGACCCGGGCAGCGGGCCCCACCCCUACGGCCCAGAGGACAUAUUCCGGCUCAGCCUGGCCAAGGGCGUGUCCAUGUCCCUGCCCUCCUCCCCCCUGCUGCCCCGCCAGGCCUACAUGAUGCCGUCCCGCGCCAGCAAGAGAUCCCCCGGUCCCGUCAGGAAGCCAAAGUAUGUGGAGAGUCCUCGUGUUCCCGGAGACAGCAUUGUCCCAGCACUGAGGAAGGCAGCAGAAAACAAGGACCCGUCCCAGAAUGAGCGGCACAUCGCCAAGGAGACAUGCUCCUCCCCCGCCACUCAGGAGCUGAUGACCAGGCUGGGCUUCUUACUGGGAGAAGGGAUCCCUGGGUCGGCUCGCAUAUCUAUGGAAGACAAGAAUGAAAAGAAGUGCACCGUAACCAGCCAGGGUAUCAGCCCCUGCUCCACCCUGACCAGCAGCACUGCCUCCCCCAGCACAGACAGCCCCUGCUCCACCCUCAACAGCUGCGUGGGGCGCCCCCCGCAGGGCCACACCAGCCCCUGCGGCACCGUCACCAGCCCCAGCUCCACCCUCGAGAGCAAGGACAGCGGGAUCAUCGCCACCAUCACCAGCUCGUCAGAGAACGAUGACCGCAGCGGCUCCAGCCUGGAGUGGAGUAAAGAUGGCAGCUUGAGAGACAGCGGGCAGCAUGGCCCCGCCCGAGGGGCUCGCUCCGACGCCUGCUCUCCCGUGGCCGAGGAGGACCCGCCGGCGCCCCCUGAGGCCCCGGGAGGAGCUGCAGCCCCCGGCCCUCCCCAACCCGCUCCAGAGGGGCCACUAACGUAUCCCUCGCACGGCUCCUCCAGCCUCAUGUUGCCACGCCCCAACUCCGUCGCAGCCACCAGUUCCACCAAGCUGGAAGAUCUGGGCUAUCUGGAUGAGCAGCGCAACACUCCCCUGCGAACCUCCAUUCGGCUGCCCUGGCACAACACCGGGGGAAGGGUGCCGCAGGACAAAGCCCGCUUCGCCCCCUACAAGCCACCGGACAUCAUGCUGAAGCCGCUGCUGUUCGAGGUGCCCAGCAUCACCAUGGACUCGGUGUUCGUGGGCCGUGAUUGGCUGUUCCAGCUGAUGGAGGACGUGCUGCAGCGGGGCGGAGCCGCAGAGAGCCGCGGGGUGCUCAUCGUGGGCAGCGUGGGAUUCGGGAAGACCGCCGUCAUCUCCCGCCUGGUUGCCCUCAGCUGCCACGGGGGCCGCAUGCGCCAGAUUGCCUCCAACAGCCCCGGGGCCUCCCCCAAAAGUGGGCCUGGGAGCACAGACCUGCCCCUCAGCCAGCCCCCCCAGCCCGCCCCACACCCCAGCGCCACCAACACCCUGCGCAACAACAGCUGUCCCGGCACGCCUGAGCUCCAGAGACGCAGGGAAGAGGCCGUCAGGCGUCUGGCCGCCAAGGUGGUGGCCUACCACUACUGCCAGGCGGACAACACCUACACCUGCCUGGUGCCGGAGUUUGUGCACAGUAUCGCCGCCCUGCUGUGCAGGUCGCACCAGCUCACCGCCUACCGGGAGCUGCUUCUGAGGGAACCGCACCUGCAGAGCAUGCUCAGUCUGCGGUCCUGCGUGCAGGACCCCAUGGCCGCCUUCCGCCGCGGCGUGCUGGAGCCCCUGGUCAACCUCCGCAAGGAGCGGAAGAUUCCGGAGGACGACCUCAUCAUUCUGAUCGACGGACUGAACGAAGCGGAGUUCCACAAGCCUGACUACGGCGACACCAUCGCCUCCUUCAUCACCAAAAUCAUCUGCAAGUUUCCUGCCUGGCUGAAGCUGGUCGUCACCGUGCGGGUCAAUCUUCUGGAGAUUACUAGCCUGCUGCCUCUUUCCAAAAUCUCCUUGGACGACUUCCCGGGCAACAAGGACAUCAACAGCGACCUCAACGCCUACAUCCAGUACCGCAUCAACGGCAGCCAGGAGAUCAUGAACAACAUCUCGCUCAACGGCAAGGCCGACCCGGCCGUCGUGGGCAAGGCCAGCGGCCAUCUUAUCUCCCGCAGCCAGGGCUCGUACCUGUACCUGAAGCUGACCCUGGACCUGUUCGAGAAGGGCCACCUGGUCAUCAAGAGCGCCAGCUACAAGGUGGUGCCGGUGUCUCUGGCCGAGCUCUACCUGCUGCAGUGCAACAUGAAGUUCAUCACCAACUCGGCCUUCGAGCGCACGCUGCCCAUCCUCAACGUGGCGCUGGCCUCGCUGCACCCGCUGACGGACGAGCAGCUGUUCCAGGCGGCCAACGCGGGCAGCGUGACGGGGGAGCUGGCCUGGGACGACUUCCUGCAGCGCAUGGAGGCGCUGUCCUGCUUCCUCAUCAAGCGGCGCGACAAGACCCGCAUGUUCUGCCACCCCUCCUUCCGCGAGUGGCUGGUGUGGAGGGCCGACGGGGAGAGCGGCGACUUCCUGUGCGACCCACGGAACGGCCACGCCCUGAUGGCCUUCAUGCUGUCCCGGCAGGAGGGGAAGCUGAACCGCCAGCAGACCAUGGAGCUGGGACAUCACAUCCUAAAAGCACACAUAUUUAAGGGCUUGAGCAAGAGGACGGGUGUGUCCUCCAGUGUGCUACAGGCCCUGUGGAUCAGCUGCAGUGCCGACGGGCUGUCUGCUGCCCUGGCCUCUCUGAGGAACCUCUACACCCCCAACGUCAAGGUGAGCCGUCUCCUGAUGCUGGGCGGGGCCAGUGUGAACUACCGCACGGAGGUGCUGAGCAGUGCCCCGGUGCUGUGUGUGCAGGCCCACCUGGGCCACCACGAGAUGGCCGCCCUGCUGCUGGAGUACGGCGCCGCCCUGGACGGGGUCUCCGAAAACGGCAUGAGCCCCCUCUGCUUCGCCUCCGCCGCCGGACACAUGGGGCUCGUCAGCCUGCUCUGCAAGAGGGGGGCAAAGGUGGACCACGUGGAUAAGAGCGGUCAGUGUGCCCUGGUCCACGCCGCUCUGAGAGGCUUCCCUGACGUGAUCCACUUCCUGUUGGAGCAGGAGUGGAGCGCUGAGGGCCCGCAGCAGGACUGCAGCCUGAAGAGCAGAGCGCUGCAGCAGGGCCUGGUGGGAGCCUCCAGCAUGGGGCACACGCAGGUGGUGAGAAGCCUGCUGGCGUUGAGCGAUGAGCGCUCGGUGCAGAUCGACAGCCAUGACACGCUGUGGGGCGAGACAGCACUGACCGCGGCUGCCGGCCGGGGGAAGAUGGAGGUCUGUGACUUCCUGCUGCAGCAGGGCGCCGUGGUGCAGCAGACCAAUCGCAGAGGAGUAUCGCCUCUCUUCUGCGCCGUCAGGCAGGGCCACUGGCAGAUUGCAGACCUCCUGCUGCAGAACGGCGCAGACGUUAACGUCACGGAUAAGCAGGGGCGCACCCUGCUGAUGGUGGCUGCUUGCGAGGGCCAUCUGAGCACUGCUGAAUUCCUGCUGUCAAAGGGCGCUUGUUUAACGGCGAUGGAUAAGGAGGGCCUGACGCCUCUGAGCUGGGCGUGUCUGAAGGGCCACAAGAACGUGGUGCAGUACCUGGUGGAGAAGGGCGCGGUCAUCGACCACACGGACAAGAACGGGCGCACCCCGCUGGACCUGGCUGCCUUCUACGGCGACGCCGAAAUCGUACAUUACUUGGUGGAGAGAGGUGCAGUGAUCGAGCACGUGGACUUCAGCGGGAUGAGGCCAUUGGACAGGGCCAUCGGCUGUCGCAACACGUCCGUGGUGGUGACCCUACUGAAGAAGGGCGCCAAGCUGGGGAACGCCGCGUGGGCGAUGGCCACGUCCAAGCCCGAUAUCCUCAUCAUCCUCCUGCAGAAGCUCAUGGAGGAAGGCAACAUGCUCUAUAAGAAGGGGAAGAUGAAAGAGGCUGCACAGAGGUACCAGUACGCCUUGAGGAAGUUUCCCCGCGAGGGGUUCGGAGACGACCUGAAAUCCUUCAAAGAGCUGAGAGUGUCCCUGUACCUCAACCUGUCCCGCUGUCGCAGGAAAACUAACGACUUUGGAAUGGCCGAGGAAUUCGCAACGAAGGCCCUGGAGCUGAAGCCAAAGUCGUACGAGGCGUUUUACGCCAGAGCCCGGGCGAAACGGAGCAGCAGGCAGUUUUCCACGGCCCUGGCAGACCUACACGAGGCAGCCAGGCUCUGCCCCAACAACCGGGAGAUCCGCCGUCUCCUGGCACGUGUGGAGGACGAGUGCACUCAGCUGCAGCGCGCCCAGCAGAAGCAGCAGGGGGCGCCAAACCUGAGCCCGCCCGGCCACGAGUCCGACCAGGAGGAGGAGGAAGAGGAGGAGGAAGGGCGCGUGGACAGCCAGGUCACCCCGGAGCUGAAGGACGUUGAUGAAGAGGAUCCCGCUCCACAGGACAAGAGACAGGAGAACUGGCCCCCGAACAUCUACUCGCUCAACCGGACACUUCCCGACUCUGUGAGCGGGUCCAACCCCAGACCAGGGCCGUACCUCCGGGAGCCUCUGACCCAGCAGGGUCUGGUCCUGCAGCCCUCCAAGCAGGCCCAGAUCGUCAAAACCAACCAGCACAUGAACUCGCUGCAGUCCGGAGGCCGGGUGGGGGGGAAGGGCCAGUCCCACUACGGCCCGUCCAGCCCCCUGCCCAGCCGGCACAUCUCCAGCGUCCUGACGGCCGGGCCUGGGAUCGACAUCAGCCCUCUCCAGGAGCCCCUGCACCACCCCGAGCCACAGCCCCCCUUCCCGGACGCGCUGGCCGGGGGACCAGAGGCGCGGAAGGACCCGGGCUCGGGGGCAGGCUCCCAGGCGGGCAGCAUGAAGGUGUCCAGCUCCACCAGCAGCCUGGCGUCCAGCAGCAGCCUGUCGGACAGCGGCAAGCUGCAGGGCCCGGACGUGCGCGCCAAGACCGGCACGGCCGAGUACAAGCCCCGGCCCUUCAUGGGGGUCAUGGACAAGACGGUGCGCUUUCAGCAGCUGCAGCUGCAGCACCAGGCCCCCCCCGGGCGCUGCUGGCAGGGGCCGCCCUCGGAGGGAGUCUCCCCUCCCCCGCUGAACUGCGAGCUGCCUUUCGGCAAAUCAGGGAGCGCCGCGGCGUACCCCACGGGUCUGUCUCAGGGACCCGUGGGGAGUCUCCACAACGGGUCGCACGUCAAGGACUUCGCCGACAAGUUCUGCCAGGCCGCCACCUGCUACAAAGAGUCCAAGCCAACCAUGGCGCUGCCACAUUCCUUCACCGACGGCAAGCCCAAGCAGGCCAGCCUGGCCCGGGAUAACCCCGCCAUUCACGCUGCUUCAAUGAAACCAAAGCGAUCAUUUAUAGAGUCCAACGUGUGAGUUCUUCAGUCACCCGGCCCCAAUUUCGCUCCACCAGUUCCAACAUUUUACACAUUAUUUUAAUUAGUUUCUUUUUUGUUUUGUUUUGUUUGCAAACCACUACAAAUAUAGGUUUUUCAUCUCUUAACCUUUCGGAAUUAUAGUAUGAAAGUUAUGUUUAUUUGUGUACUUACCUGAAUGAAUAUUGACCACAGGCAGUAUUUAACAUUUGGUUUUAAUCUUAAUCUUUAAGAUUAAGAUCCUUUAAUCUUUAAUAUAAAACAAAUACGUACAGCAAGUGCUUUUGUUACAGGACUGCAUGCCGUGUUUCAGCCAAGCUGGACACAGCACACAGGCACUCUUACGGCAUCUGUACGCAGACAAAACAGCCAUGGCACUUUAAUAAGUAAUAUAGGCCGUUCAGGUGCUCAUAUUAAAUAUAAAAGCCUGCGUUCUUAGGUUAUUAAAGUCGAGGUACAUUAUUAAGAGGAUUGAGCCCUUUGUUAAGGAACUAUGGUGCUGAUGGAAGUAAAAUGAAAUGCUUGUAAUGGUGUAAUGGAACAUAGAAGAGAAGUUGGACAUGGGCACUUCUGUUUUGAGGAUACUGCAAAUCAUUACUAUUUGUACAUAUGUAUAUACAUAUUUCCUUCUUUGAAAAGAUGUAUGUCGUUGUAUUCAACUUGUUCACAUCAUAGGUAUUUUGAGUUUAAUUCCUGCACAGCUUGGUUCAGAUGGUAUAUAUGGCUCAGAAACAUUUCUCAUGUAUGUUUGUACAUUGUAUAAAUUGCCCAAUAAUGUUUAAGUAAAUCCUUUCAGUAUGGGAUUAUUGUUGCUGUUUAGGUUAAUUUAUUUACAGCUCCUACGGCUUGGUCAGUUGUAAAAGCAAUAUAUUUUAUAUAGUUAUUUUUGCACAGCUACUAAGACAUUUUCAGAUUUCAAUAAGUCUUGAUAAUUUUGGUUUAAGUGCAUGCUACAGUUACAAUUUAUAACAAAGAAUAUAAAAAUGUAUAAAUAAAGAGUUUGGGGGGAGGGGCAUUACUAUAUUUUAAUAUGUAUGUUAUUUGCAAAUGUUGACAUGUUUUCAGUAUUGUGAGUUGUAUUCCUAUUAUCACAUACUGUAAUAGAACAUUACUGCCAUACCAACAAUGGGGAAAUAAAAUCCCACUGGAAAACA